UCUUACUUUACCCCCUCGCAUGCAUAAAGUGAUAAUAAUCGGUAGUUCACCAGCAGCAUACACAGCUGCGCUGUACACCGCAACAGCAAAUCACAAACCUGUUCUUUUAAUGCCCUCCGUUACGUACAACAUAAGAAAUUACGAAAAGAUUGCUGGGCUGCCCGGUAUGACGAAGGAUAAAUUUGGAUGUUUGAUGCGUGCACAAUUGGAACGAUUUGGGGUGGAAAUGCGUGUGGUUGAGAGCGUUGAGGUUGUUACGGGAAAUGGGGUGGAUGAUGAGGGUAAGGUAGAUGAGGAUGGUGUGGAUGCGUAUGGGGUAGACGAGGUGGAAAAUGAACAGCGCAUAAAUGACAAAGUGUUGAGGGUAAAUGGAGAAAAAUGCUUGGCAUUGAUAAUUGACCAUGAUAUCGGCGUAAACAUGCAUAGCGUGUUUACAUGUGGUGGUGAUGAAGCAAUUAUUGCCAUAGGAAGUGGUUGCAUGGCUGCUAUCAAGUGCAACGAAUACAUCGAAGGAAAUUGGAAGGAAUGAUCGGUGUUAGUGCAUAAAUAUUCUUAUUCGGUUA